UGAGAAGGGCAAAAAUGGAGGCUUAUGAAGGAAAUUUCUGCCCCAAGCCACAGCAGGUGUUGGAGAAAAGUAAGGCGAAGGCUGCAACCGAUUGCACUCCUACAUUCAAUGGUGGGGAUGAAGCUGAGGUUGAGAAUAUAGAAGGAAACAAGAAUGUUGUGAAUCUAAGGUUGAGGACAUGCAGCUGCAGGAGGUGGGAUUUGACUGGAAUCCCAUGCAAGCAUGCAGUUUCAGCCAUAAACUUUCUUAGGCAAGACCCCGAUGAGUAUGUUGCUGAUUGUUAUAUCAAGAAGAGGUACAUGGCUAUCUACAGCAAUUUCAUCAAGGCUGUUAACAGCAUGGACUUGUGGGGAAGAUGUGAAGAUCCACCAAUCUUACCUCCAACAUAUUCAAGGCAGCCGGGUAGGCCUAAGACACAAAGGAUUAAGGAUUCCUCUGAAAAGCUUCAAACAGCUGAGGGUAAGCUUGGAAGGCAACAGAGAUCCCUCAAGUGUGGGAAUUGUCACCAAGUAGGCCAUAAUGUUAAAACUUGUCAAAGGCAUUUGCCGCCGAAGGAAAACAAGAAGAGAAAGGUCAGCAAUGAAGAAGGUCAAGGUUCUGAUAAGGCCAAGAGAGGGAAGAAAGGUUCUAUGUCUGCAAAUGAAUUGAGGAAGAAAGCAAGGGAGAGAGCAGAGUAUCAAAGAAGAAAGUUUGUUGUUGCCAAAGCUGCAAAGCUGGCAACAAAUAGGUCUGCCCCAUCCACAUCAAGGCCUGCACAAUCUACAUCAAGGCCGACACAAUCUACAACCACACCUACAAGCUCCAGGCCAGCCAAAGUUGCAUCUGCCCCAACCAGACCUACGAGUUCAAGGCCUCCACAACCUUCCACAUCAUUAAGCAAGCAGGCUGCAACUUCAAUAAGGACAUCUCAAAGGAUUAGAGAAAGGUCAGUUACAAGAGAUGGAAAAUAGGAAGUAUGACUCAAUUCUAGCAUAGGCAGCAAUUUCAUUAUUGA